CCCGCCACCUUUGACCUGACCCUCCACUUCCCCCUGCCCCCCUCCCUCCACCCCGAGCUCGUGGUCUCCAACCUCCACGCCUACGAGCCCCUCCUCCAGCCCAACCCCUACCUGCAGGGCUACCACCGCCGGCCCGUAGACCUGGACGACCUCAUCGCCGACCCCUUCUUCACCGAGCACGGCACCAACAUCGUCUCGUACGAGGUCCACGACCGCAUCCCCGUCGUCCUCGGCCUGACCAAGGACGUCCGCUUCCCGGCCAUCUUCCAGAGCUUUCCCGCAGGGGUGCGCGUCAGGGCCGACGCCGCUGCAGGCACGAGGGUGCGGAGUAUCUAUGAGGUGUGUCGAGGUGCUGGUGCUGGUGGUGUUGCUGGUGGUGGGGGGGCAGGAAGUGCCUGGGAGCUCGUGGAGAGGUCGCAUGUCGAGUGCAGCGCGGUGCUCAAGCCUUUCAUCAUGAAGAGCUUUGAGGCUGCGCACCGGGAUCUGUGCCAGAAGGUUCUUGAUAAUAUCGUG